GAUAUCACAGAAACGCUUGAUAAGAACCUCAGAAGGAAGAGCACCCAGGACCUGUCGAAUAACCGCGCGUUGAGACAGCAACUCAGCCCAGCGAAAUGGACCGUCUUGCCUGGCAGCUGGUGACAGCGGUUCUUGCCAGUUUAGCGUUCUCGUGCGAUGCGCAGUACGCGUACGCCACGGUGGAGCAGGGCGACCUGCGAGGCAGCGUGGAGCAGACGGUGCUGGGGACGACGUACCACAGGUACCUCGCCAUCCCGUUCGCCGAGCCGCCGCUAGGGGAGCUCAGGUUCGUGAGAUCCCGGCCCCCUGUCGCCUGGGAGGGCGUACGGGACGCCCUGGAGGAGGCGCCGCUGUGCCUGCAGCCGGACAAGGGCUCCGAGGACUGCCUCUACCUCAACGUCUUCGUGCCGGAGGAGGCGGCGGCGGCGGCCAACGCCUCUGGGGAGCUGCUGCCCGUGCUCGCCUGGAUACCAGGCGGCGCCUACGAACACGGAGGAGCUUCGCUGGCCUCCUUUGGGCCAGACUUCUUCCUCGAACGCGGCAUCAUCGUCGUCACCAUGAACUACAGACUCGCAGCUCUGGGUUUCCUGAGCCUGGAGGAUGAGCUGAUCCCUGGCAACGCAGGCCUCAAGGACCAGCAGAUGGCGCUGCAGUGGGUGCAGCGCAACAUCGCUUCCUUCGGCGGCGACCCCGCCAAGGUCUCCAUUGGCGGAGAGAGUGCGGGAGGCUGUUCCAGUUCGCACCACUUCAUCACGCCGAAGUCCGCUGGUCUGUUCCGGGCCGUGAUGAUCCAGAACGGGCAGUCGGUGUCCCCGUGGGGAAUCUUCCAGAACGCACGUGGUAUGGCCUUCCGGCUCGGCGCUCUCCUGGGUCUGCAGACCAACGACUCGCAGGAGCUGGCCGCCUUCCUGCGGCAACAGGACGCCAACCUCUUCAUCGACCGCCUCGACGACCUGCUCACCGAAGACGAGAAAGCAAGACUGUCCCACCUCGGCUUCGCACCCGUCGUCGAACCCGACGUCGAAGGCGCUAUCGUCACCGAACACCCCAUCAAAGUACUCAAGGAGGGACGCUUCAACAAGGUUCCCGUCAUCACGGGAGUAACAUCUGGGGAGGGUUUGCUCUUCGUCACAAAUGAAGGCCUCUUGGCCGACCCGGCGGAGCUGCAGAACUUCAACGACAAGUUUGAGGUCGCCACGGCCCCCCACGUACACUUACCCACCGAAGAGGAGCGCAUCAACGCCACGAGGAAGAUUCACGACUUCUACUUCGGGGACGGCGACAUCACACUGGACGAUGCUCAGGGUCUUGUCGACCUGGGGACGGACCAGCACUUCGCCGAGCCGACAGACUCGCUGGUCCGCUACGUGUCGCAGCUGUCCGACCAGCCCGUCUACUACUACCUGUUCGACUACCGCGGCGCCAGUGGCGGGAACACCACCUAUGGUACCCCUCACGCAGCGGAAACGAAAUUCCUGUUCCUUAACACCGCUAGCACUGUAGAGUGGGACCCGAACACUCUGGAGGGUGCUUUGAGACAGAGGAUGGUUGACACAUGGAGCAACUUCAUAAAGUUUGGGGAUCCAAAUGCUGGCAAUGACAGUGUGAGGUGGGAGCCAUUCAGCGUGUCGUCGCCAAACUUCUUGCACAUCACUGAAGAGUACAGUCUGGAGCAGAACAAGGAUAAGGAGCGGAUGGACUUCUGGCACGAGAACAUUCCCAUGUGAAACAGCGUUCGGUUGGCGAAGGAGGACGACCUUCUGACUACAGUGUGUCGUAAAAUUUCUACAAGACGUCUAAGAACUGCGAAAUUCAUAAGUUAAAUGCUGGUAUAGUUACUACACAAAUACUGUA